AUGAUGAGAAAUUUUGCUAUGAAAUUUCUUAUUUAUUAUUAUGAUAUUCAGUUUUCAAGAGAAUCCUUAGACAUAUUUUUCAGUAAUGGCGAAAUGUGUAUAUGCUGCUAUUUCUGUUGAAGACAUGGAGAAAUCAUGGGAGCAACUUGAAAAUGGAGAAACAUGGAUGGAUUCAGUGGAGAAGAGCAGUUGAAAUUGAUGAAGACUCUGAACCAAAGCAGAAUUACCGAAUAG